UUCGCUUCAAUAGCCUUACAUCACAAGGUUGCUUCGGUUUCGCUCGUAAGUUGACACACCAAAUGGAGAAGCCUGACCUGAGUUUGUGACCAGGACAAGCCAAUCCCACUAGUUAGGUGACCAGCAAAUGAAAGUGUUCUUGCGUGCCAAAAGGCAAGGGAAAUCGCAAGAGGGACUCUCUUUUCGAAGAGCCUUCUUGAUAGUCUUGUUUGUAAGAGCACUGCCGACAAUACUUAACGGUUUUGGACUUGAGCUUUUGGGCUGGACACUUGAUUGCUUGGACAGUGUCCGACCGUGUUUUCGUACGCCUGCCAUGGGUGCAACUGCAAGUUUGGAGCUGCAGGAGAAUGUCAAGGAGGUUCCAUGGUGUCCGACGGAGACUCUGAAGAUGGCGACGUGGAGCACCUUUGGGCAGCUGUCCUCCAGGCAUUGUUGUGCUGAAGACCAAUGCGAAGUGAGGAGGAAGGUCAAGGAGCUGUGCAUGACGACAGAUGAGCAAUGCAUGACCUACUCCACAGCAGGCAUCUCCACUUGCGAUGAAAGCUUGGUCGUUUGUAGCUGCGGGACUCCACGUGCCCAGGAUGCUUCUACCCUGGGAUCAGCGACGAUGAGCACCAGACAAGAGUGGAUGGGCACUGCAGGGAGAGCUGAGCCUCACAGCUCCUUUGUGGCGAACUCCCUGAAAUCAAAGUGUUUGGAGGUUGAGACUUUAUGCACGGUGAAAAGGAACUUGCUGGAACAUGGCUUGCCCCUGAUGCUCCGCACUGUUGUGCUCGGCAACAGAUUCGCAGAGUACUUUGUGUGUAUCCACAAAGGCGGAGAACAUUUCAGCUUGUUGGAUCGGAAAGUUAGCCGGGACAAGAAUAACUUCCACUACGCCUGGGAGGACAUGCAGAAGUAUCACUUUGUGGAAUAUGAUGGACAUACAGAGGAAGCUGGUGAGGUGGCCAAUGAACGCAAGGAGCUGUGGACGAAUGGAUACUACACUCGCGAAAUGAUGCGGUGCACCUUCAGCGAGAGCUGCUGCCCUCAGCAGAUGGACAUGAUGUUCAGAUCAAAGGAGGCGUUGCAGUGCGUGGUGGAUAUAUUCGAUUCAAAGCUAAAGGCCAGACGGAACCAGACAUCUCAGACAUCUAUCUCUCCCAGUACGCAGACACCCUCAUGCCAUGGAGCCUUCAAUCUGGAGGACUGGGCUUGGACUCCUUCUUCGCCCGAGCACCAGGUGUGGGUGCCAUCUCCAGAAUCAACACCGCAGGCCGUCAAUCCAUCGACCCCUCUCCCCACCAUGGCUUGGCCAUCUCCAUCACCAAAGUCAGCAGAGGUUCUCAUCCAGCCUCCGGAGACUGACUCUGAGCGGCCUCCAGACUGGGCCUCCAUGAGCGAGAGGUCACUGAACAGCUUUUAUGCCGUUUGAGCAGGAUGUUAAUCGUUCCUUGCUCAUGCAGAUGCACACAAGGUUUGCAGGUUUGAUCGCAGGACAUCGCAGAAUUUCCUGAUUCACUUUAAAGACUUGGUUUGGACAUGGACUGCUGGGUCUUUUUGCAGAGCA